AUGCCAUCCGGCUCGGCUGGUAGGACUGGCGCAUGCCAGCGCUGCCACCGCAGAAAGGUCCGAUGCGACCGUAGUCGGCCGUCAUGCGCGCCGUGUAGCAGGAUCAACGUGCAAUGCACGUAUGCAGCGAGGGAGCACCAGGUCGAGCUCCGGCGACAAGACGUGGAAAGAUUAGAACAGCGCAUACGAGAGUUACAAUCUCAGAAUGAAAGUCUUUCUGGAAGAUUGGCCGAGGCUCAGCAACAACAGAUGGAACGAACCGGCAGUGGAGACAGGCUUGCGACACCAGCCACCUCGUCAAGCCUCGGUCUCCCAACAGAUGAAAGUCGAGCCCCUGCUGGCAGCAAUGAGAUAGCAAGCCAGGUUAUUCAUCUUUCUCUCGGUGCUGGUGGAGGAAGGGACUUUGUUGGAUCGACGAGCGGCUUGUUUCUCGCCAACUUGCUGCAAUCGCAUAGUCAAUCCGCCGGCCCUUAUCCUCAUAUUGGUGGUCAAGCGUCAGGAUCAACAGCCACUGGAGGUGGAAGAACAGGUAGUCUGGUACUUAACGCAACUUCUAGUCUUCCACCAAGAAGCAUGGCCGCUGAGAUCCUUGACGCGUAUUGCAGUCAUGACCGCCUUUGCUACCCCUUUCUGUCUCCAAGCGCACUCGAUAAUGCUUUGGAAGCCGUAUACAAGGCGGAAAGCCCUGAAGCCACUGACCCAGUUGACGGGUUUAUCAUCGAUAUGGCCUUGGCCAUUGGAACUGCGCAAGUGUACAAACUCAACUGGAACGGCAUAUGGGACGCCGAAGUCCACUACAACCGCGCCUUGACGCGUCUUGUGGACGUGACAGCCCGAGGUGGUAUUACAGCGCUCCAAGCUCUUCUGCUUAUUUGCCAGUACAGAAUGGGAACCACUUCGCACGAUACAAGUACCAGCGUAUGGCAUCUCAUCGGCGUGGCUGCCAGGACAUGCUUCGAGCUUGGUUUACACAAGGCCUCAACUUAUGCUCUGCCUCAGUCUCAGGUUGAUAGCGAGAGCGAUAACCAAUCCAGACUUGAAGACAUGGAGAUCAAACGGAGGUGUUUCUGGUGUGUUGUUUCUAUGGAUCGUAUUGCAAGUCUCAUUCUUGGGCGGCCGUUAGCCAUUCAGCUUGAUGACAUCGACACCGAGCUUCCUCACGUUGAACCUAUUACAACCAGUGUGUCCCUUCAUCAAUCUCUAUCCACAGCAUCUUUCGGUACGCCGGAAUGGCAAUUGGGGACUGCGAUAUUCGUCCACAUAGUGAGAUAUCGACUCAUAUGUGGCAAGAUUCUCAAUUCUCAUCACCGAAGCGCUAUCAACAGAGAGACCAAUGUCACUUACGAAAGCGCGCGGGACGCAUUAGCCGAGGAACUUCAAUCAUGGCGUGCGGGGACGACAGCCCUGCCGCUCAUCCCGGCAGAAGCGCUUCUCACAUCUCCAGCGAGCAGGUCCAGCUUUCGUUCGGAAGAGUGGUACAAUCUGCUGUAUCAUAAUGGCAUCUUGAUGCUAUUUCGCCCCUCUCCCUCUCUUUGCGAUGCUUCUCGGAACAGCAAUGUGCUGCAACACAUGUUCGACUCGUCUCAGGAAGCCAUCAGGCUGUACGCCGACUUACACCGGUCGAGGAAGAUCAACUACUCCUGGGUCACAUUGCAUUCCAUUUUUAUUGCCGGCUUGUCCUAUAUCUAUGCACUACGCAACCACCUUCAACACAUCCAAAAUAGGGUACUGCCUAAUGGAAACACUGCCAACGCUACCUUGCGAUCAACUCCUACGAUUAGUCGUGUGGUCAACGACACACGAGCGUGCUCAAAGGUUUUGGUAGCUCUAUCAGAAAGAUGGGCCAUGGCACGAAACUGCUCUGAAGUCUUUGACCGUUUGAGUGAUGCGGUGGUUGCAGACAUUGUCGAGGCUCAAAGUGGGCAAGCUCAGUCAACAAGCAACCCUACUUUUCCCACUCAGUCCGCCGAAGUAGGCCAGCUGCCACAGCCCGAAGACAUGGGCCUUGCGGAUGCCAUGUACGGACACGGCACAAGUCAGGGCCUUGUAAACAUGACGGUCGACGAGACACUCCGGGAUUGCUUUGGGGACUUGCAGAAUAUUUACUAUGACCAGUACAACGGUGAUGCAAUUGCCCAGCUAUCACAAGAUUGGCUCUUUGGGUUAGGGGAGACCCCAAGUCGGUAUUUCUAA